AUGGACUCAUCCUCUGUAACAGACCCCUCCCCGGGACCUUCACCAGAAUCGCCCAUUGCCAAGGUUGCUUCGUCCUCAUUUGUACCCGAUUUCCGGUCUCGAAGAACGGACAACGCCGUGGCGGAACCUUCGCAAAAUGCCUUCUUCGAACUGCAAAGGCCCAUGACGCCUGCAAAAAAGCCGAGGAAUCUGAAGAACCUCGGAAUCAAUACGGCAAGCUCAUUGGGCAACCUCCGUUCGAACCCAUCUGCACCUCUACCCGUUCUCGCCAAAAAAGAAAAGAACACUUCCGCCCCAACAUCUCCCUCAUUCAUUAAGCCGCCAACCCCACCGAAGCGACGGCCUAGCAAUUUGAGCUUAACAAUCCAAACUCCUGGCAGCGAUAGUAAGCCCAUGCGGCUCGUUAUCCCUUCCACUCCUGCCCUCAAUCGUCCAGCGUUGCGCCAUUUCCAGUCUUCGCCUUCGCUUCCGUUAUGUUCUCCCAGUGUAGCUCCAGGUGGCGGGAUGCAACUCCCCAUUCUUCGCCCCAUCAAAACCAAUCCCCACGGUUUUGCCGAAGUGCCCAUAGAGAUGGAGGAGGAGGACCAGGAACCAAAUUUCGACAUUCCCCAGUCUCGCGAAGAGAAACCCGCCGCUUAUCCGAAUGGGCCAAUAUGUAUAUACGAAUCCGGUGUAUAUUUAUAUUUCGAGCCCACAGCAGAGCAGGCAGCGACUUACGAUGUGAUCAUAAAUGUUGCCAGCGAGGUCAAGAAUCCUUUCACAGCCUCAGCCGAGGAAUUACAGAAGGACUUGGAUGCAAGGCGCGUUGAUGGACCUCCUCCAGAGACUGUGGAUUUUGCUGCAAUACCCGAACGGACCAAGGCAUCGUCAGUCGAUACACAGAGCAGCUCUCCUACUACACCGAAGGCUACUCCUAUCUUGGAGACUACCAAGCCAACCAUGAAAACCGUGAACGGAACAACUCUGCAGAUUCCGGAGUAUAUUCAUAUGCCUUGGGAACACAACACUGACAUUGUGCCGGACCUCUUUAAGCUAGUAAAGCUUAUUGAUGACAGAGUACAGCAAGGAAAGCGUGUCCUUGUCCAUUGCCAGUGCGGUGUUAGUCGCUCGGCGAGUUUGAUUGUCGCCUAUGGGUUGUACAAGAAUCCAGGUAUUAGCGUUCAAGAAGCGUACGAUUCUGUAAAGAAACGGAGCAAAUGGAUAGGACCAAACAUGAAUCUCAUCAUGCAGCUCCAAGAGUUUAGGAAUGGCCUCCUUCGAGCAAAUGGAGACAGGGCGUUCCACAACCAAGUUUAUGGCCUGAACCUCCCGAGGAGGUCCGCUGGCCUGCCAACUACGGUCUCUUCGGGGGCGAACAGGCACUCUCCCUUCGACAUGGAAGUAUCCGCUGGCUCAAGAACACCACGUACAGCACCCCUACCACCAGACACCGACUUGAACAUGCAACGGGCAAGUACCGGAAAUAUGAUAUCGAUAUCGCCUGGCCCAUUGUCUGCACCAUCUGGUGUCUUCUUCUCUCCUGGAUACCGCCGCUCGUGGGCCUCUAGUCAGACACAUUUUGAUUUAUCGCCAAAGUCCUCGCCCACCACCUCUGCUACACCUUAUGUGGACCCAAAAGGCCAGGUUGUACCCGUUCUUUCAAUCACCAAUAAUGAUCAAUCACCUGGCAUAAUGGAUGCAAACAUGAACGAGCAGUCUAUUCACCAAGAGCCACACGUAAAUCUCCAACCCCUCCCAGUUCCCAAUUUCUCACGUCAAUUACCGUUCAGGGAGCAGAUGCAACAUGAGGGAUUUGGUGCAGCCACAUCGCCCAAGUCGGAGGACUUUCAUACGGCACCGUUGAGACUGGAUGAUUUCGAUACUCUAAGGUCUCCAAUGGCCUCGAAUUUCAAUAUUCACCCGCUUGUUCCUAACAAUCACGCAAACGUAUCCCCAUUGCUGUCUCCAAGGAAAACGGAAUUCAACACUGGCCCAUGGACACAGGUCAACCCCCUAAACUCUCACACGCUUCCAAGAUCACCAGAAUCUCAUGAUGAGAAUAUGCCAAUGUCUCCAAGAUCCACCGAGUUCCAUAUGACUGGUCUGCACCAAGGCGAGAUCGAUGAAUCAUACAGCCUUCUAUCUCCUCGCGCUACAGGCUUCGAUUCUGAGCGACCGCAACCAUUGGGGUCAAGCAAUCAGUCAUCACAGCACUUUAAUCUUACUUCGCCUGCAGCGACCGGGUUCCCAAAGGAUAUAUUCACUCCUUCGAACGAUACACUGGAUGUCGAAAUGACUUCGCCAAGGGCUACUGAGUUCCACAUGACACCGCUAAAACCAAGAUUGGCAGAUGUUGAUCCAUUUGGGUUGACUUCGCCUAGGCAAUUCGGAUUCCCUAGAAAUCCUUUUGAGAACGCAGACCUGACACUGCCACCGCAAGUCGAAUCUGAAACCCGACGCCCUUCGUUUCAAGCGAUACUUCCGCCAUCCCAUCUACCACAACCCGAAGCAUUCAAUGGAUUUGCUUCAUUAAACAGCACUGCAGCGCAAAUGCAGCCAACUAUUUUCGCGCCAACUCCACUUGCAAAUCUCGAGAAUUCGAAGAUCUCAAGUUCUGGCCGAAUUGACAGCUUGAGUACUUCACCGGAAUCUCAAUCUGCUCGUCUACUAGAGCCUCACACACCCGGAUUUAAACCCACCGAGGAGAAUGUCCCUUUUGCUCCUUCGACUUCCCAGCAAGCGCUCCUUUCCACACCUUCGAAACAGACCGCCAUCCGAACUCGCUUCUCGUCACCGAACAUGCGCGAGCAGAGAAGACUCCACAAGUUGCAGACUGAGAUGGAGGCUCUACUGCCACCACGGUCGCCGCACCUGCCACAGGCGGCUGAUGACCUCGAUGCGUUGAUGUCACCACGUGCAGAAGAAUUCACGAGGAAUCCAUUCCACAUGGAUCUAAAGGCAACCACUGAUGACACAAGCCCAGCAUCGUCCAACGAGACGAUCAAGGAUGGCCAGGGCGGUUCUGAAUGGAAGGAGACACUUCAAUGGACGCCGCCAAGGGUGAUCGAUGAAGACCCUCGAAGUCCAGUACAAACAGGGAGCAGCCCCAUCGUCAGAAAUAUCUGGGAUGUCUUAUGA